AUGUUCAUAACCUUCUUUAUCGUGUUGAAGCCCUUCUACGAAGCAGAGUCUCAUGAUAAUUUAACCUUUGCCUUUACAGGGCUGGGAGAAGGUUCUGCCCUUCUUCACCCAGACAGCAGGUCCCACCCUCGGUCCUUGGAGAAGAGUGCAUGGAGGGCUUUCAAGGAGUCACAGUGUCACCAUAUGCUGAAACACCUUCACAAUGGAGCCCGCAUCACUGUGCAGAUGCCUCCCAAUAUUGAGGGUCACUGGGUCUCUACUGGCUGUGAAGUCAGAGCAGGCCCAGAGUUCAUCACCAGAUCUUACAGGUUCUACCACAACAACACAUUUAAGGCCUAUCAGUUUUAUUAUGGUGGCAAUCGCUGCACCAACCCCAUCUACACCUUAGUCAUCCGUGGCAAGAUACGGCUCCGCCAGGCGUCCUGGAUCAUCCGAGGGGGCACCGAGGCCGACUACCAGCUACGCAGCAUCCAGAUCAUCUGCCACAACGAAGCAAUAGCCAAGACAUUAAGUGAGCUGGUGAACCAUACCUGUCCUGGAUUUGUACCAGAGGACAGUCCCUGGGAGCAGGACGUGAGCUACGAUUUGCUGAGAGAAGAUAAUGGCUGCGAAUGCACCAAAGCUCUCAAUUUUGCCAUGCACGAACUCCAGCUGAUCCGUGUGGAGAAACAGUACCUGCACCACAACUUAGACCACCUGGUGGAGGAGCUGUUUCUUGGAGACAUUCACACUGAUGCUACUCAGAGGAGGUACUAUCGACCCUCGAGUUACCAACCUCCUCUUCAAAAUGCCAAAAACCACGACCGCACGUGCAUCGCCUGCAGGAUCAUCUACAGGUCAGACGAGCACCACCCUCCCAUCUUGCCCCCCAAGGCAGACCUGACCAUCGGGCUGCACGGCGAGUGGGUGAGCCAGCGCUGCGAGGUGCGGCCAGAGGUGCUCUUCCUCACCCGCCACUUCAUCUUCCACGACAACAACAACACCUGGGAGGGUCACUACUACCACUACUCCGACCCCAUCUGCAAGCACCCCACCUUCACCAUCUACGCCAAGGGGCGCUACAGCCGGGGAGUGCACUCGGCCAAAGUGAUGGGCGGCACCGAGUUUGUCUUCAAAGUAAACCACAUGAAGGUCACCCCCAUGGAUAUCUCCACUGCCUCGCUGCUCAACGUCUUCAACGGGAACGAGUGUGGGGCCCAGGGCUCGUGGCAGGUGGGGGUUCAGCAGGACGUGACCCACACCAACGGCUGCAUGGCGCUGGGCAUCCGCCUGCCGCACACCGAGUACGAGAUCUUCAAGAUGGAGCAGGACGCCCACGGCAGGUACCUGCUCUACAACGGCCAGAGACCCAGCGACGGCUCCAGCCCCGACCGGCCCGAGAAGAGAGCCACCUCCUACCAGAUGCCUUUGAUUCAAUGUGCUUCAUCAGUACCCAGACCUGAAGAGUCACCAGAGGAGAAUAAAAUCAGGCUGUACAGCAGUGGGGCGCCAGAAGAGCAGCCCAGCAGCCCGGCCCUUGCUGUGCUGCUGUUGGUUUGUACUGUGUCAUAUUGGGAUGUUCUCAGAUAG